AUGGAGACCCAGCUUGAUAGUAUUGAUAUUUCGCAGUUGAAAGCGUUUGCCCUCGGUUUGAACCAUGACCAGUCUGAUCGCGACUCGCCCCGGGCGACCGCGCCGCCUCCAAGCAAUCAUCAUCCUCAAGCAGACACAUCAUUGACUGCCCUAGGUCAAAACCUCACUCACAAUUCACAUCCUCACUACCCAACACACACUCAGCCAUGCUCUGCACGUCGUACUUCUGGCCCCAGUACCCGUGGGCAGCGGCAUUCUGCUUCCCAGCCUGAACUGCCAAGCACCAUUCCCGAGUCCUUAAGGAGCAAGAUGUUCGGAAUAGACAGUCAGUCUGAAGGCGACACCCAGCCGGUCUCCCAGUCUGUCUACAAGGAAUUUGCUAGCAAGCGCACGGAGCAGCUGGCGACAAGAGAGGGAUCAGAGAACCACGGAAAUAACACUUUGGAAGAAAGUGCCGCGUUGCAUAGUCUACUUGAAGGCGAGGCUGGCCAUAUCGAUCUUCUCGGUGCCUUCGAGCAGCCAUCUCUCAUCGAUAACGAACACCCGGAUGCAGAUCAUGAGGACGAUGAUAUCGAUCCCUUAUCGCAAGCAGUAGACACUCGCGCAGAUUUGUUUCCGGAAUCCAAACGCUUUCAACAACCAAAGACGCCUGCUACAAAUGGCAAGAAGCGUAAACGUGGGGUUGAGACGGAGUCCCAAGGGAGUGCUACUACUCUCAGUCUGCCAGUGAACCCUUUUGCAGGAGGUAUUGGGAGUCUGGAUGGGUUGAUGGGCCCAAGCCAAUUGUUCAAUGCUACACAGGCUCUGACCUCACCAUUGACGAACAUUAUACCAUCUGAUGGUUUAUCUGAGAGGCCUUCGCCAGACACGCACAUAAUACAGCGCUCAGCAACAGUAGGCUUACUUUCGUCACCGGCUGACCCUUCACGCUUCAAUACAAUCCGUGCAGUCACCGAGCCGCAAACUACAUACGUGUCGAUGAAAGAGUCACAAGAAGCGAGAGAGCGAUACCUUCGAUCCUUGAAGGCCGCCGAAAUUCUAUCGCCUGAUGAGCUGUCCGACGAUGAUUUUGGAUCUGCAGAUACCCAGCUUCGAAGAAGAUCAAAACAGAGGCGUAUAGAUACAGAAGCCAAAAACCAAUUUGCCGGCCUUACGGCGCGGGCUAGUCCACUGAUAGGUGGUAACAGUCGAGUUCGAGCUGGACGAAAUAAAGACACGCCCAGCAGGGUCGGUACGCGUCAAGCUGGAAGAGAAGCUAGCAAGCCUGUCGUUAUUUCCGACGAUGCGCCGAUGGAAGAUACGCUGGGGAAUCUUACUGAAGAUGAAACGGAACGUGAAGAAGAGGUUCAAACUGACGAUUAUGAUGACGUGGAUGAGCUGGCUGAAGAGAACAAGGAGAAUGUUGAGGUGCCAAGGACGAUCUCGAGAGCUCAUCACACGACAUCACAAGUUGUUAUCUCACAACCUAGCCCUUCUCAUCGGAAUGUACGGACAGCAAAAGGAGGAUCUCAGACAAGCAGAGUGGUGCAUGUGGAGAGCAGUUCUCAAAACACCAGAUCUCAGGAGCUCGAAAAAGCUGUCGAAGGCGCAACUCAACCAGAUGCCAUUGCAGAUUCGCAGACGUCUCAGGGCCGCGCUAAAUCAGAGCAACUUUCUAAAACCAAGGAUGCUAGAGCUUUUACCGGGCCUCAAUCUUCCCUAGACUCACGGGUCCUCGUGCCGCAGUCUCAGUCGUCACGAGCAUUGCAGGCUACGAAUUCAUGUGAAGGCAGAGUUGAAGGAAAUAAGUGUUCCGGGGAUCUACCAAGUAGUCCCAUACUUCUCAAGGGUGUGCACCAUAAUGCAGAUUUUAGCCGCGGGCCGCCGCACGCAUCUGCAGAACCACUACGAUUGGAAGGACCGAGCAGAGAAUUACCAGGACCGGCACCUGCGUCCCGGACGACGCAGGAGCAACCUGCAUCUUCAGCGCCGCAAAGCAGCCCAGCCAAGGGCUACCAUCUCCCAAUGACAAAUUCAGUGCCAGCUAAGAGCACAAUACCUGAAACGAGCCCCUCGUCAAAGCCAGUUCACAUUCAAAACCAAUCUGCAGGAGAUACCUCAAAUUCCAUGCCUUCUCCAAGGACCACGCCCAAAUCUGCAUCAAAGGCAGCAUCGAGCCACUCUAUCGCUGAGCAAUCACGGCCUUCUACACUUUUCGAAACUGCACAAGAACACUUGGCUGAGUCGCCUUCCAAGUCACACUCCCAGCGAAUACAGAAAGCUUCUCAGACCAGACAGGUGUCCCCAAUCAAGACAAGGCUCUCAAGGACCAUCAGUGAGAUCGCAGCCGAUCCUACCCCCCCAGACGUAAUUGGAGACGUUGACUUGGACAUCAACAUAUUGACCAAUGAGGAUAUUGAGUUUCAGAAUGCCAUUAGUGGCUCCAGUUCAAUUGCACACGCUAGUAGAAGGCGACGAGGCGGCCGAGGACUUGCCCUGCAAGUCGCACAUCAGGAGCCAAACAAGCUACCUCCAGCCCCUCGCUCUCCGCUACUACAGUCAUUCAGCUCAGCUCCACCUGGUUCCUCGGCAAUCUCUCCCAUCACCCCUUAUCCAACGUCCGAAGCGGACAGGCCAAGCUCAGUCGUCUCUGUCAUAAUUAAGCAAGCUCCAACCAAGGGGGAUCACACCUUAGAGCCAAAGAGUGCCCCGGCUGCAAAGCCAGCGGUGACUACACGGGCGACGUCCGUAUCGAACAAAGCUCAACCGUCUGCUACUCCUCAACUUAUCACCAAGCCUCAGACUGUUGCGGCUAGAAAUGCCAGCGUUCCUGAACGACUAGCCACUUCACAUACAAAUUUUUCGUCUACUGAUCAAGGCCCAGCCAAUAUGCGCGCCGUGACAGCACCGAACCGGGUAUUUGCACAUUUCAAUGGCUCAAAUCCUGCUUACUACCCUGCUACAUGCUUGGAGACGAUUGGCGGCGAUGAGCCUCGCUAUCGUGUCCGGUUCGAAGACGGCACCAUAGAUGUCAUCGGUGGGUAUGGCAUCAAAAGACUGGAAUUACUGCCCGGAGACGUUGUGAAGGUCGAUCUCCCGGGGGCCCGUAAAAUGAAUUAUGUUGUCGAAGGAGUGCAGAAUCAGCAUAUUUCCGCUGUUACUAGAGGUCCGGCGACACCUUCCCGUCGUGGCUGUCUUGCUCCCACCAAGGAUUCGGCUUUCCCUGAAACAGACGUUUACGGGAAUGCCACGGUCUUGAUGUCUCCCAAGCAGCGGCUAUCAAUAGAUGGUGAACAAGCGGAGAUCUCGCCAAUCGCUGUGCCCCUGACGCUAGUCUACCUUACUCAGACGAUGUGGACUGCCAUCAAGGACCGACAAUAUACGCACCUGUCAAACAAGCCGCAUAUCUCGACUGGGCUACAGACACCCUCCGAGCGACCCUCGACGCCUUCCACUCCGUCUUCUCGUACUCGCCGCGUCAAGGCUUCUAGUCUGGUCCAAGCUCGCUCAACGGCCAUCGGCAACAAUUCAAGCGACGGUAUUUUCAGGAACAUGGCCUUCGCCAUUACCAACAUUGAUCGUGCCGAUGAGCACGAGCGAAUCAAGAAUCAUGUUACUUCCAACGGUGGUAAUAUUCUCAGCACUGGCCUGGACGAACUUUUUCACAUACCCGCUCUUCCUCGUACGACCAGUCCAGCCGAUCCCAAUGCUGAUACAUCCUUUCAUCUGACACCGGCCGCCAAAGACCUUGGCUUCACCUGCCUCAUAGCAGACAAACACUGUCGCACCGCCAAAUUCAUCCAAGCUCUUUCUCUUGGAAUUCCUUGCCUCUCUACUCGAUGGAUCUCAAAUUGUGUGGCCAAGCAGCGUAUUCUACCUUGGGCUCCGUAUCUGCUUCCAUCAGGCGAAUCGUCGUUCCUUGGCGGCGCCGUGCGCUCACGCGUGCUGCAUCCAUUUGAUGCUGAGACAGCCACUCUGUCCGAUAUUGUGGAAAACCGACCUAGGAUGCUGAAUGACGCUUCUGUUCUUCUCAUCAUGGAAAAGAGCCAUGAGAAGAGCAUGCAGCAACAUCCUCUGAUCACUCACGCGCUCGGAGCCAGCAAAGUUUCCAGGGCCAUUAGUGAUGCAUCAGCAGCGAAAGCAGUGGCGGACGCUCAAGCCUUGGGCGAGCCAUGGGACUGGGUGUUUAGCUACAACAAAGAGCUGGAGAUUGAAGAGAAGCUGUUUGGGGGAAACGGGACAGGCAAGAAACGAAAGCGUGGCAGAGACAGCGAACACGGGCCUUCUGGUAAGAAAGGGAAGACGAGGGUGGUAGGGAAUGAGUUUGUGAUUCAGAGUUUGAUACUCGGGAUGCUGAUCGAAGAAUAA